GGCAGGCUGCGGGCGUCAGGGCCGUUCGUGAUGGCCGCGGCUGGUUCCGCUGCCGUGUCAGGGGCCGGGACCCCAGUGGCGGGGCCCACGGGCCGCGACCUCUUUGCCGAGGGGCUCCUGGAGUUCCUGCGACCCGCUGUGCAGCAGCUCGACUCUCACGUGCACGCGGUCAGAGAAAGCCAGGUAGAGCUCCGGGAACAAAUUGACAACCUAGCUACAGAACUUUGCCGGAUCAAUGAGGAUCAGAAGGUGGCCCUGGAUCUGGACCCCUAUGUUAAGAAGCUGCUUAAUGCCAGGCGACGAGUUGUCUUGGUGAACAAUAUUUUACAGAAUGCCCAGGAACGGCUAAGGCGGUUAAACCACAGUGUUGCCAAGGAGACAGCUCGAAGGAGAGCAAUGCUGGAUUCAGGAGUUUAUCCGACUGGUUCUCCAAGCAAAUAAUAAGCGGGGCCUGUGACCUGAGUACAAGUACUGUUCUCCAGCUGCCUUGUUUUGGUAGACAUGAGAAGAUUCCAGGAAAGAGUUUGAACUGUGUACUCAUUCAUGUAGCAGCCUCAAGAAACGUGCAUCCUGCAGGACUAUCCUGAAGAACCUCCAUUACAGCUUGUGCUUCCAAGAAUAAGCCUUUACCUUUGGGUUUUGUUUCGGGAGACAAGGCUCAAUAUGUAGCCCAGGCUGGCCUCAAACAGGAGGUCUUCUUGCCUCCAUCUCCUGAAUGCUGGGAUUAUAGGCAUGUGCCAGUGUGCGUGGCUCAAGCCUCUAUAUAUAUUCCCACAGAGAAUGUUAAGUAGGUUAGGCAUCAUGUGGUAGAAAAACACACCAGAUUUAGUGCAGAAAGAAUAUGUCCACUCCUCCCCUCCGUGCAUUACCAUCGUUCCUCUCAUGGUUAUGACCUUUUCAGAUUCAUCUUUACAUAUAUCCUAUAUAUUUUAACGUUUGGGUUAACUCUUCUUAGCAAGUAUCACAACUGUUGCCUUCAUUACUGAACAUAACAAAUGAUACGAGGAUCUAAGGUCAAGGGCAGAGAGCCUUGACAGCUGAGAGUCCCUAAGCUUUUUCUUUUUUUUUUUUUUUUUUACAAGCUAUAAUUUUAAGGACUGGAAGGACAGCUCAGUGAUUUAAGAGUACUGGCUGUUUUUCAGAUGAUGGAGUUCAGUUCCCAGCACCCACAUGGUGGUUCACAGCAAUCUACGACUCCAGUUCCAGGGAAUACAUUGCCCUCUUCUGGCCUUUUUGGGCACAACACACAACACAAGAUGCAGAAUUAGUUGCUGGCAAAACAUCAUUCACAUAAAAUAAAAAAUUAAAGCCAAAUAUUUUGAGUUCCAUCUUUUCCAGGCCUAGUUAACCAAUGUUGACCAUCCUGUUACUGUCUUAUUACUUGGCCCUGGGCAAAGUUUCCUUUACCUGUAACUUCACUUGCUUUGUUUUCAAUUGAGGACUUAGGCAAAGUCAAGGUAAUAAUCUAUUCUCUUGACUACCCUGGCUUGAGUAUGUUAAUAGUAUUGUUCAACAUUAUUAAAUAAAUGCUUGUAUUGCUUAUUUUAACAAAAAA